AUGGAAGCGUGGGAGGCCCUGGUGCAUCUGAGGAUCAGUAUCCUGCCUCUGUGGCUGGAAUUUACUCUGUUCCUUUAUGGAUGGCCACAGAUUGGGCGAUUGCAGUACCACAGCCCCCAAGAAGUGGUGAUACCCUUGAGGGUCACUGGAGCUAGUAGAGCAAUGGCAGCUUCAGGCUGGCUCUCCUAUAGCCUGCACUUUAGGGGCCAGAAACACAUUGUCCACAUGAAAGCCAAGAAGCAUUUGGUGUCCAGAGCCCUCACUGUGUUCACCUACACUGACCAAGGUGCUCUUCUUGAAGACCAGCCUUUUGUCCAGAAUGACUGUUACUACCAUGGUUAUGUGGAAGGAGACCCAGAAUCUAUGGUUAGUCUUAGCACUUGCUUAGGAAGCUUUCAAGGAAUAUUGCAGAUGAAUGGAAUUGCUUAUGAAAUCAAGCCCAAAAGGCUUUCUGCCACAUUUGAGCAUCUAGUAUAUAAGAUGGACUGGGAAGACACAAAAUAUGCACCUAUGAAAUAUAGAUUAACAGAAGGAAAAAUAGCAGAACAACAGAAGUUUCAAGGGAAUGAUGAUUCCACUCAAAUGCGAAGUUCAUACACUGAAUGGUGGCUCCACCAAUGGUUUCUUGAACUGGCAAUUGUGGUAGAUCAUGGAAGAUUCAUUUUUAGGAAUAGUAAUUUAUCAAUUGUGGAGAUGGAUGUAGUCAUGGGUGUCAGUUUAGUAGAUGACAUUUAUAGCUUAGUUGGUCUUGAUGUGGUACUCAUUGCAAUUGAAGUCUGGAAUACAAGAAACCACUAUACAGUAUCUUCCACAUAUGAUAUGAUGGUACAGUUUUGCAAAUGGAAGAAAUACAGCUUCAAUAAACGUGUAUCCCAUGAUGCUGCACAUAUUAUUAUGAAACAAGAUUUUUGUAAUGACACUCUUGCAACGACAUAUUUUUCAGGACUAUGUAAUACAAAUAAGAAUUGUGGAGUAGAGUGCAUUAUGGAUGAUAGCCUGGCUUCGUUUAGGACGUAUAUGACACAUGAGAUUGGCCGAGCAUUGGGGAUGAUGAAUGAUGAUGGUAGAUAUUGUACAUGUGGUAAAAACAUAUGCAUAAUGAACAAACACCUAUUACCCUCAGAGGCAUUCAGCAACUGUAGUUAUAAUGACUUUUUACACACUACUUUCACAAAGACUUGUUUGCACAAUAUCCCAAAUCCAGUGAACGUUAUCACAAGGGAGCGCUGUGGGAAUGGAGUGAUUGAAGAUGAAGAGGAGUGUGACUGUGUUUCUAUAAAAUUGUGUGCAAAAGACAUAUGUUGUUCUGAAAACUGCACUCUGGUCUCUGGGGCAGCUUGUGCCUCUGGGCUUUGUUGUGAAAACUGCCAGUUGAUGACAUCAGGCACAGAGUGUAGAAAACCAGACAAUCAAUGCGAUCUGCCAGAAUGGUGUAAUGGAACCUCCAGUGAGUGUGCAGAAGAUAUGUAUGUGGAGGAUGGGACCCAAUGUCUGGGCAAUGGUAUCUGUUUUCAGAAAAGAUGCAAUGACCGUAAUGAGCAAUGCAGGAAACUUUUUGGUAAAGGAGCCAAGAGCGCAAAUCAGAAAUGCUAUCUAGCAAUGAACACCAAAGGUGAUCAUUUUGGUCACUGUGGUAUGGAUGGUACUAAGUAUGUAAGAUGCAGCCAGUCAGAUGUUCUCUGUGGGAGAGUUCAGUGUGAGAACGUGACAGAAAUGCCUCAUUUGCAAAGUCAUACUACUGUGCUCUCAUCUCAUGUUGAAGAAUAUACCUGCUGGAGUACUGACUAUCAUUUUGGAAUGAGCAUAUCUGAUAUGGGGGAUGUGAAGGAUGGUACAGAGUGUGGUCCAAUCCUUAUGUGUUUGAAAAGGAAGUGUGACACUGAGCCAUCAUGGAAAAAAUCUUGCAUGCCAAUAUUCUGCAAUAAAAGGGGAAUUUGUAACAACAAACAUCACUGCCACUGCAACAAGGAUUGGGCCCCACCCAACUGCCUGAAUGCAGGCAAUGGAGAGAAUGAAAGAUAUGAGGAAAAAAGGAAAACUGUACAUUUAUCUACGAAAAAAAUGUUCUGUCACCUGAGAAACCUGUCGGAAUAG